AUGGAAAUUGUGGAAAAAGCACCAUUUUUCGUUUCCCCAAAGUAUUUCAGCCUUAAUGAAGAAGAAGAGGCGCUCGUGACAGUUACCUUUAGACCAGAAGUAGUAGGGGAACAAAGCCAAUCAAUAUUUAUUAUAUUUGACAAUGAGCAGGUAUUUGAAAUUCAAUUAGUAGCUGAGGCUCAAUAUCCUAGGAUUAAUCUUUGCUCAAUGGCAAAGAGAAAAGACUUCUUACCAGAAAGAGAUUCAACUCUAUUGUGUUUUGAAACAGUCUAUCCAUAUCAAAAAUCAGAAUCCCAAUUACUUACUCAUUACAAUAGCAGUGAUGUGUCAGUUGAAUUCGAGUGGAGAUAUAUCAAUGAAUACGCUGACACUCCAAUCUCAUCGAAUGGGAUUAAUCUUCCUUUCAUGGUUAAACCAAGUAUUGGAAAGAUUAAACCAAGAAGUUGUAUGGCAUUUGAAGUUACAUUUACCCCUCAGUCAUUGGGAGUAUUCUCGGGAUACUUCAUUCUGUUUGUAAAUAAUGUACCUUUGCCGGUUUCCUCUGACCACCCUUAUUUUUAUUACUUUAAAUCGGGAUUUUCAUGGUUUAGAGACAGUAUUCUAAAUUCUCUAAAGACCUCUGAUCCUCUCAGAUACUUUACCCCUUACAGCUCUGAGGUUGCUGAAAUUGAGAAUGAAUCAAAAGCAAUUGCCUUAGGAGAGUCAAACUUGGUUAGUUUUGGUUCUGUACCAGUGUUUCAUUGUAGACUAUUUGGUGACACAAAGAAAUUGGAGGUAACUCUAAAUCCACCAAUUAUCAAUUUGAGCAAUAGUAUUUUUAUUGGGGAAAUUGUGGAAAAACAAGUGGUGAUUGUGAAUAGUUCUGAUUUUGAUGCUUAUUUUAGAUGGCUUGUUUGUGAGGAGGAUGAUGGUCUAAAGACAGAAUUUGAUCCUCCUAGUGGAGUUAUAGGGCCAAAAGAAAGAGUUCCAAUUAAGAUUUUCAUUUCAUGUUCAAAGCCUCAAGCAUUCAACCUUUCUUGCAUUUGUGAAAUUGCAAACUCCGAAGAAAUAGAGCUACUGUUAAGAGGAGAAAGCAAGCCUCAGACUUUAAGAAUUGACACACCAUGUCUAGAUAUGGGGAUAAUUGAAACUGGAAAAGUUGUUACCGAUUGUGUGCAGAUAACAAACACUUCUUCCUUAGAUUUAAAUUGGGCUUGUUCAACAAUAGAGAAUAAUGCUGUCACAGUUAUUCCAUUCGAGGGAUGCUUGCCAAUAGGUAAAAGUUGUCUUGUAAACGUAAGAGUUAAGUCAGCUUAUCCUCAAUUCAUUCAACAAAUAUUACGAUUCGAUGUUGAAAAUGGAAUUUCUCAAUAUGUUGGUCUUAACGCCGAAAUCCAAUCACCUCAAGUGGUAUUGGAGGAAUAUUUCUUUAAUGUUGGAGAAAUAACAAUUGGCGAGUAA